AAAUAUAACAACACUGUGUUGACAUAAUUUUUUGGUGUUGUUGGACAGAUGCGUCUAAUUGACAAAAAGAGAUUUUAAACGUCACUCAAAUUUGAAAAGAUUUUAGAAACUGUUGAGGGGAAUUUCAAGCUUAAUUAAUUAAUAAAUUCGUUAUCUAUUUUGGGAAUAUUAAAAAAUAUUUACGAUAUCUUGCUUUAAUUUUGUUUUGAUUCAUGUUUCAAUAUUUGGAAUUUAAUAAAAACAUAUCUAGAUAAUAAUAAUCUGUAUACAUACAGAACAUACACCUAAGGUUAGAAAAAAACUUUGUGAAAACGAACUUUCAAAAUAAAUAUGAAGAGAUACAGCACAUUUGCACCAAUAAAUGAAUCAACACCAAAAACGCAACGGUUAGUCGCGGGUAAACAGUUUUCGUUACAGACCAUUGCAAGUUCUGGAGCACCUAUUACAACUUUUGAUGGAAAUUUGAUAAUUCAAUCAUCUGGUUUGAAGCAACAGAUUAAACCUGGAAUCAAAUUUAAACCUGGUACCGCUAUUAAGUUAGAGCCGCAUCAACUUUCCUCAUUAAUACAGUCAAAUGGAACAAUAUCUUCAAACACAAUCACAACUGCUAGUGGCAACACUUUAUCAAGCGGUCCAACCGGGGCACGUCGAACAAUUUUAAUAAAAGCCCCACCUCCAAUCAAAAAAACAAUAAAAAGUGUAACAAUAGAGUUAAUUGAAAAAAAUCCUUAUUUACAUUUAGGGGUAACUGGAGAUCGCUUAAGCAUAUUGCAAAAUAUAGUUUGCCCAACAAUAGGAGUUUCAAGAAUUGAUUUAUAUAUUGCAUUGAAAAAGUUGCGUUUAAAUGAAGACUUUGCAGUUUUAGGGGAAUAUUUUGAAUAUAACGAACAAGAAGUUCAAAGAAUUUUCACCAAAACCAUUUUAAAACUAUCAAAAUGCUUAAAGUUUUUAAUAAGAUGGCCAGAAUCUAAAAAAUAUUAUGAUAGGCAUAAGAACUUACCAAUACCAUUCAGAUCGAAAUUAUCAUUCGUUCAAUCACUUAUAGAAUGUGUCGAGACUGAUAUACGUACGCCGUUGUAUCCGCAAACGCUAGAGCAAUUGUACUGUAAAAAUUUCAAAUUCAUAUUGUCUAUAACAACUUCAGGGGUCAUCAGUUAUGUUUCAGAUGCAUUUUCUGGUGGCAAUCAUGACGACUUGACCAUUUUUAAUGCGUGUAAUUUCAAAAAUGUCAUACCAAAAUAUUUAUCAUUAGUUGCUGAUCCUGGUAAAGCUAUCAGGAAAAAACAAGUUAAAAAUGAAGCAACAAAUGCACAAAAAAAAUCACGCAAAAUCAUUGACGACGGCACGGGAAUGAAAACGGAAUUGACGGACUCAGAUAGUAACACUGAUUCAGCUGAUGAAUUCGACGAAGUAACAUCCGAUGGGAAAAAAAUUAUUAAAAAACAAUAUAUGCAGCAAAUGCCACCACCAAAUAACAGCACAAUGAAUAUUGUAAACAGCGAGCUAACUUCAAAAAAGGUGAAAGAUUUUAGUAUUCCUACGUUACGUGUACGUGAAGCUGCCUGUCGUUUGCAAAUUCGUAAUUUAAUUUAUUUGCUAAGAGAGUUCAAAAUAUUACAACCACAUGCAAUAUUGGAACCUCAGAUUUAUCAGUACAUGAAUGAGAUUCUAGUUAUAUGUUCAGCUCUUAUAAAUUUGCAAAGAUAAUAAACUUGUUUUAUAAGGACAACAUACUCUAUAUUUGAAAUGCUUAUUUACUUGGACAGAAAAAAACUUCAAUGUUAUUAAUUCAGAAAAGAAAAUGUUUAUUCAACAUUAAAAUAAAAUUUAAAAACUAUAAUCAAUGUCCAAACAAGUUUAUGUUAUAAGUCAAAUAAUGACUUUAUCUUAAUAAAUUUAGUUUUGAUCAGCUUCUUUUUUAUAAAAUUUAGUUACUAGCUAAUAAGAUUUUGUAGUUGAAGAAAAUGAAUUCGUCAAUUACAAAUGUCUGUAUAAAUAUAAACGUUUAGUUUUUAGUUUUCUUGACAUCUACUUUAUUUUUUUUUCAAAAAUAAUAAAAGUAACUACAAUGGUUAUUAAACAUAUUUUUACAUUGGUUG